GAACAUGGUAAUCAUGUAUUUUGGAUAACUCAUGCACAUAUACCCAUUUGGUAUUCGUGUGUACAUUUGUACGUUCUGAAAGCAGUUGGUGCAAUUAUAUCAAACGUUUUUCAUAAUUUCCGUGCAUAUAACUUAAGAAAAUGGCUUCUGGUGUUACUGUGUCAGAUGUUUGCAAAACCACAUACGAAGAAAUUAAAAAGGAUAAAAAACAUCGAUAUGUAAUUUUUUAUAUACGAGACGAGAAACAAAUUGAUGUUGAAACAGUUGGCGACCGAAAUGCCGAGUACGACCAAUUUCUGGAAGAUAUUCAAAAAUGCGGCCCCGGGGAGUGCCGCUAUGGUUUGUUUGAUUUUGAAUAUAUGCAUCAAUGUCAAGGAACAUCCGAGAGCUCAAAGAAGCAGAAGCUUUUCUUGAUGUCUUGGUGCCCGGAUACUGCUAAGGUAAAGAAGAAGAUGUUGUACUCAAGUUCAUUUGAUGCGCUUAAAAAAUCUUUGGUGGGUGUACAAAAAUAUAUUCAGGCCACUGACCUCUCUGAAGCUUCCAGGGAAGCAGUUGAAGAAAAAUUGCGCGCCACAGAUCGUCAAUAAAUAUACAGUGUUCUACUUUUUUGUAUCUUCAGUAGAAAUAAAAAAAUAAGAAAAAAA